AAGAAGAAGAAGAAGAAGAAGCGGAGGGCGUGGCAAAGGAUGCCGGAUCCCGGAUCGAGGGAUCGCGUCUCCAAGUAUUCGGUGAACGCCUGUCCUUCGGCGAUUCCGCUGGUUCCUGGUUCGAAGACACCCGGCGGCUCGCACGUCCCCACCGCCAUGUAUAUAAGUCAAAACCAGAUCGGAAGCAAGGUGCACAGGCCGAACAGUCCUUCGUCGAGUAAGGAGGUUCACAGGAAUACUACCGAUAGCACGAUGCAGUCUCUGAUUCCAUUCAUUCUGGCCCUAGGCCUAGCCUCAGGCACUCCACUGAACCUGGUCCCGUACGCGUACCUAUCAAGCCCGGUUCCGGUGUACCACCAGCAGUACCAGGACACGAGGACAGGCGCGCACGCGUACAGCUACGCAGGUGGUCCCUCGGCGAAAGAAGAGAUCAAAGACGCCGAUGGUGUCCGCGGUUCCUACAGCUACAUAGACGCGAACGGAAUCCUCCAAUCCGUCUUCUACGUCGCUGACGACAACGGUUUCCGCGUAGCUGCCACAAACUUACCAACGGACAACAACCUGAACGUUGAACCAGCCCACAUAAUCCUAGCUAGAAACACCGACAAGCAGCUAGACACCCCUAAACCUCAUCGCAGAAGACGUAGCGUAGAAGACUCAGCUGAGAAUAAAGACGAGAAAGCACCUUCGGCCAAGGCUCUGUACCAACCUGUGCUGCUAACCAGCGACAUCCCUCUGGCGACCUCUCACCAGAGCCAAGUUCAAGUGCACAGCAACGCUCGUUUGGAUCUGACAGAGUCGAAACCGGUCGACUUGCAACCGAUCCUGCCAGCGCAGACCUUAUUGGGAGGCCUUCCAGUCCUCGCUCGAGCUCCCACCUACCUCGAGAAUCGCAUAGAAUUGCACAAAGAGCUGGGAAUCGAGGGACCAAAACCUAAAGACGCGGUCAAGAUCGACCAGCAACCUCUCACCUUCCUUCAUGUCCCUCUCGAACCUCUUCCAGUUGCCUCCACGUUGAUACCCAAGGAACAUCUUCCUAUUCUACCUGUCCUAUCCAAGGAAAGUCUCCCUAUUCUACCUGUCCUCUCCCAGGAAGCUCUGCACAUUCUACCUGCCGGUAAAUUAGGCGUUGCUUCGACCACGACCACCAUCUCUAGCCACGGUAUCAGUCAGAUCCACGGACCAUCUGCUGUCACCAAGGAACCCAUCGCUCUUCCCAGCGUUGCUCUAGAGAAAAAUGCUGAAAUUGCGAAGGAUGUUGUUCCAUUGGUACCGCUUGUCAAGGAAGUUCCUCAGUUGGCUGCAGCUACGGUGACCACGUCGAUUUCCAGCCACGGAAUCAGUCAGAUUCAGGGAGAUUCGAAGGUGAAGAUCGAACCUACGUUGCUGUUGAAGACUGUACCAGUUGCUCAGGUACACUCGUUGGUCGACGUUCCUGUCUAUCUUCAUUGA